GAAUUAGGUGGCAAUGCUUGUAUAAACGAUGUGUGAAUUCUGAAAUAGGAUUGUGGAAAGAGAGAGGUUAAUAUUUGUUGAUAAUGAGGUUAUGGUUUUCGUCAAUAUCUCGUUGUUCUCAAUAUAUCACAGGAAAUAAAGUGUCUCUAUCGUUUAGAAUAAUAAUGUCUCGAACGAAGACUGAUCAGGUUUUAGAGAAUUUAAAAAAUAAUCCAUAUUUUGACAAGUAUGCAAAGAAAAUCGCAGAACUUCAACAAAUAAAUCCAGAUUUAUUGAAAGAACGCAUCGAGGAAGAAGAGAAAAAAGUGCAAAAGAGAAAAGAAAAACGAGAAGAAGAACGUAGUAUUUAUCGAGCUAAAGCAAAAAGCGAAGUAAUAGAGGCAUCGCAUACCAAAGAAGUACGUUUAAGCGAUAUAAUGAAUAUGGAGAUGAUAAAGGAAAAGGCGAAAGAAGAAAUUGAACAAAUUUGGACUGAAUAUCAUAAACAAAAAGAUUACAUUUGCGCGACAAUGGAACCUGAGCAAUACGAAAGGAUAUUCGAUUACGGAAAGAAAUAUCCUUUGUUUCUAUUACCGUUACCAAGAAAACAGGGCUACGAAUUUUUUUUAAGUCAAUUCCAAGGGAAUAAAGUUUAUAUGACGUCUCUUUUAUGGUAUCAAACACACAAGGAGAACGCACCUGAAUGUUUAACCCUAACUCAUUAUACAGAGUUUAAAGAUAGCAAGGGCGUAGUACUGAUGCGCGGUGAAUUUGAUUUAAAUUUUUUAAAUUGUCAGGAAGCCCAAUGUUUAGCUAAUGAACUUCAGUUAUAUUAUACAGGAAAAAGUUCAGAAAGGUUGAAAUUAAUGGAAACAUUUAAUAACGCACCUAAUGAUUUUAAAUAUAACGAUCUUAUCAGUCAAUUGGAAAAAAUAUCUUUUGUAACGUAAUUAUAUACCUAGUUAAUAUAUUAACGCAAGAGCAGUAGUAA